AAAACAACGGGGCAAUGACGUAAUCAUUUGGGCACCCUCGAUUCUAUAUAUAAUAUAGCUAUUAUGGGAAAAAUUGCAAAAAGGGUCCAGCUAUUGCAGAUCACCAGUCUUCCUUCCACUGUUCGUAUUCUUUCUGGAAUCGAGAAGAUUUUUCACGAAUGUCCUUUGCAACUUCAGAGAGUGAGCCCUCAUGAAGGUCUAUUGAUAUUUCAAUGAGCUCUGUAAGAUUCCACACACAGAUCGUAGCUAUUAGCAGAAACGUAGCAACAGUAGUCACAACAAAAGGAUUUUCAACUACAACACUCUUCCAGUCGACUUUUUCCACUAUCUCCUUUGCUUUACAAAGCAAAGCACUGGAAACCUUUUCAGCAGUCGGUUCAGCAUUUUGCUCACCCGUGCUUUUUCCAUUCGAUGUAGUCAGCUCUUUGUACACUGCUUGGAGGGAUUCAGCAAUCAAAGAAACUGCCGACUUUGUUUUUUUCGCCGCCAUCAGAACACACUCUUUGAAUACUUUCACUUCAGGCUCCCUAGGAUUGACCAACUCAAUUGUAUCGAUGAUAUUGGUGCAGUUGGUGUUAAAUUUCUCCCACAGGGCCUUUACUCUAUCUCCUUGCUCUCUGUCUCGGUCCACAGUCCUUUGCACUUUAGCAAGAUCAACUUUUUCCAGUACUUUCUCGGUAACCUCCGUGCCUACGGACCCCGCGGCUCCCGCCAUCAUUGCUGUUCCCGCCACGGCCCCGAACGGUGCGCUAGCGCCGCCGGUGACUGGGGCAAGAGCGAUAGCCAGCACAACUCCUGCCGCUCCAAGGACACUCGAAGUGGACGCGGCCAGCCUGACGAUAUUCGCGUCCCGGCGUCUCCGGUCCAGUUUGUCCGCCACGGAAUUCAUCUCCUUUAUCGUCUCGGCUCUGUACUCCAUCAUCUGCUUCAGUUCCUCCACCAGCUCAACGUAUGUUUCGUACGAAUUCACCAGAAGAUUGUCUAGCUUCUGUCGGAUAGACACGGAGGACGACUGAGACUUGGACCACACGCAGCCCAUGACGAAGGUAUGAGGUUCACAGAGGUCCACUCUGGCUAACAGCCGACACAACCUUUCUUCUUCAACACUGAACUGUGAAAAAUUCUUGCAAAUUUCUUCUGCAAAGUUGGAAUUGAAACUGAGAGAAGUGCUUAUCAGCACAAAGAGAGUGCCCACAC